AGUUGUGCUCCCUAUCACUGCCUUACUGUUUCACUGCCGAAGAGUUCCGCGCUGGUCGAAUGGGUCAAUUUGAUGGGCGAGUCGUUAUAGUUACAGGUUCUUCAAAUGGAAUAGGAAGAGCCACGGCACGACUGUUUGCGCGCGAAGGUGCUAUGGUUACUCUUUGUGGUCGCGACGAGGCAACCCUAGAAGAGUCUAAACGUCUCGUUCUGGCUGAGAAUGGCAAAAAAGAAGCGAAAGUCCUUCUUGUCAAAGGCGAUCUGCGUGAGGAUGAAGUUAUGAAGAAAACAAUCGAACAAACAGUGGAGAACUUUGGACGCUUAGAUGUUUUGGUGAACAAUGCUGGUGGUACAUCGUCCGAGAGCACUUACGAAGGUAGCGAGCUUGAAGGUGAUUUGGGUAAUUUCGACUACGCUUGGGAACUGAAUACGAAAAGUAUACUACGGCUUUGCCAACUGGCUUUCCCACACCUUAUCAAGACAAAAGGCGAAAUCGUGAAUGUUAGCAGCAUUGCGGGACUGCCGAACGGAGCUGGUUUGAUUGGUCCCUUUUACGGUACGGCAAAGGCUGCUCAAGAUCAACUUACAAGAAAUCUUGCGCUUUAUUACAUCACUAAAGGAGUCCGAGUGAAUGCCGUCAGCCCAGGCUCUGUUGCGACGAACAUCAUGCAGAAACAUGGGUUUCCCGAAGAGAUUGUCAAGAAGUGCCAAGAAGCUUUGACGGCAAAACCAACGCUUAUCCCAUGUCAACGCAUUGGAUCACCCGAAGAUAUCGCGGAAUCUAUACUUUUCCUUGCGGAUAGGAAAAGGUCAGGCUACAUCGUCGGUCAUAAUCUGGUCAUUGAUGGAGGUGCGUCGCUUCAAAUGCCACUGAUCGCACAGAGUCCGGAAAUACUUGGUGAAGUACUGGCAAGCAAUGUACCAAAGGGCCACUCUUCGUAACCAAAAUUCCAUAGCAUUAGCAAUAAAGUACAUACAAAGCACCCGUGCUAUGCGGUAUCAUGGUCUCAUGGUAUCAGUCGUGGU